CACUGGUGAACGGUUUUCUUUCGCUCUGUCUGUUUUAAUCAACAUACGAAUUGCUAGCCGCCCUAAAAGUGGUUACCAUCAAUAGUGGUUAUGGUCUAAAGGGAAGGAUUGCUCGGUAGAAGCCUCGUACAACGCUUACUGUUCAACAAUCUGGGAGAUACAAGAUUGAUGUGUGGUCGGACAGUGAUUUCAAGAAAGGAAUUUCUGUCAGUAAUUUGAUUUCAAAGGAAUUUUUACUUUACACUGGAGAGGACCUCUGUCAAGGUGCACUGAUCUGCUUAUUUAGUAAUGGCCUGCAAUGAUAUGGAAUAAGCAAGUAUAAAACCUCUAACCAUGGCCAGCAAUAUUGAAUCUUUUGGAAAAAAGGCUCAAAAGGAAAACAUGAGUGAUGUAAAGAUGCAUAAUUUCACAGAAUGUUGUCGAAUGUGGAUGUGCGCUCACUGCAGUAAGAGCUUCGCCUCGUCACGCGCUCUUAAGAUCCACGAAGUCAAGCAGCACGAAAACGCCGCUCGCCACGUCCUCAAAUGCGGCACGUGCCACGAGGAAUUCGAGCACGCGAACCUCCUCCACAUUCACAUGCGGGUUCAUCACAAUGUAAAGGUCCGCUGUCCGAGGUGCAAAGACAUAUUUGAACACCCUAAUGUUUUGAAACUUCACAUCAAAGCGCAUCACUCUGAACCGGUUUGUGUGGCUUGCGGGCUCAAAUUCGACCACGACAAACUAUUGCGCUUACAUAUGGAGCAUUAUCACAAGGUCGAGAGCAAAGGGACAAAGUUGGCUGUUACUUCGCCUCAUCAGCUGAUUGAUGAAGAAAUGAAAGUUGAGGAUGAGGAUAUGGAAUUGAAAAAUACUGCAGUGGAGGCUGAGCAUGCUGAUGUAGAGACUGGACACGAACAGACUAAUGGUUUUGUUGCCAAUGAAUGGGAGGAUGACAGCCAGUGUCUGGAGAGCGAUGACGAAGCAACUUCUCUCGGUAGAGAUGAUAUAAAAGAAGACGGUAUUACAGAGAGUGAUACACGAGACAGUGACUCCGACAAGGCGAUGGAAAUUGAGGCAAUAGAAACAAAAACUUCAGUGUCACAAGAAAACUCCCAACCUGAGCUUCAACAGAAAACACCGCCAUCUUCUCCCGAAAAUCGAACAGCUUCGCCGCCCACGAAAGACGUGGUCAAUGGAUUGUUUACUUCAGCUGUUGAUUAUCAUCAGAUGCCAAAUCAACCGAGGCGGUCUUCGGUCAUCGUUACAACCAAAAGCUUCUCUGGUAUUCCACUACCUUUUACAUUUCCACAAAAAAAUGUAAAGCGAAAAGCGGAAGAUCUUGAAGAUGCUCUUGUCGAACCAGAUCCGUCUUAUGUUGCUGAACGUACUGGCUUGCCCGAUUUGGAUGAUGGUCUCGAAGGAAGCCCAGAAUCACCCACCGGAUCGUACUCGUCCACUCUGUCUGGGGACGAGAGCGGUGACUCUGAGUCAAGUAUUCACAGAGCUAACUCAACAAAGCGCCCAACGCUACGGUGUAAUCGGUGCCAGGAGGAAUUUUCGACUAAAAUGGAGUACUUGCAUCAUUUGAUCUCCCACCAAAAAGGAGACAGCGACAAAACGAGUUCAGAAAAUCAUGUGGUUGAUAAGCUGAAAUCCAGCUUGCUUAUUAAAAUGGAAGCAAGGAAAAGAGACACUGUCCGAGAUGAUAAGGAAGUCGUUAGUUUCCGACAAGAUAAAUGUUUGACAGACGAUAACACCGUCUCCGAAUCUAAUCGAACAAGUCCGUCUCGUGACGAAGAUUGUGUUAGUGAUGUGGCCGUCCCGUGUACGAUGUGUAGCGAGAAAUUCCCCGACUCGCGAGAGCUUAGAGCUCAUAUGAACACUUGUCAUAAGAAACCUCAUUGCAGUGAAUGUGGACUGCAUUUUGAACAUAAGAACUUGUUGAAAAUUCACAUGAACUCUUACCACAGUUCGUUAGACUUGCUACAGUGCUACUACUGUGGAAAAUCGUUCGACAACCGCCCGGAAUUCGUUAGCCAUGUAACAUCACACGAAACCUCACUCGUAAAUUCCAAAGACGAACGAAGGAAACCGAAUAGUCUCCGACGAACUCCAAGUGGCGUGACUACUGAGGAAACUGCUUGUGAAGACCGCUCGAAAAAAGAUAAUCAUUUGGAAUCUGACUAUGGGCGUAACAGUGAAGUUUCGGAGGACAAAUGUGAGACAAAACAGCAAGGAGAUGUUUCCUCUUACGAAGACUCGAUGAAAAGUCGAGUGGAUGAUUUGCGUUUGUAUGCGGAACAACGGUUUCCCACAACGUUAGGCCCUUUUCGCCAUCACAAAAAGGAAACUAGUUCCCCAACAGAUUCGCACGAAGACGAAAAACCUUUCCUAAUGGGUCCAGAGUCGAAAACAAGGAUCUUCCUUCCGAAAUCCCGCGAGACAAUGGAACGAGAGGAAAAUUUACGCGAUCAACGACGUGUUCCAAAAGAAUUAGAAGCCUUCUCAACAGCCGCAAAACUAAACCACGAUGCAGUGGAGAGGAUGCGCAAAACAGAUUCUCUAAACAGUCGGUUGUCCGCUUUCUCAACGUUUGAAAGGACCAACAGAGCCUACGACCUCACCAAAAAUAUAUUCCUGGGGUUAAGCAGAGGUAAGAGAGAAGGCCUGCCCAUGGGGGGUCCCCCACCACUCAUCCCUGUGGUGCAUCCAAGAUUCGCGUCAAAUUUCUCGCGGCAGUCAGAAUCGGGAUAUAGGAGGGUUCACCAGCCCCUUUCCCGCACAGCCUCGGCUAAUUCAGCUCUUCUUCCGUCAGAAGUGAGCUUAAGAAGACUUCACCCGCCCCUUUCUCGUACAGCGUCUGAUAACACAGCCCUCCUACCAUCAGAUGUAAGUUUUAGAAGAGUUCACCCGCCCCUGUCUCGCACAGCAUCAGCUAAUUCAGCCCUCCUACAGUCAGACGUAAGCGCAAGGCGGGCUCAUCCGCCCGUCACUCGCACAUCGUCACUGAAUUCAGCCCUCCAGCAUCCAGGUGUCCAAUUCAAGAGAGCUCAUCAGCCUGUUACUCGUACAACGUCUGCUAAUUCAGCCUUCGGAUAUCACCGGACACCUUUCCCUGCGUUGACCCCUAAUAGAGCACAAGAGCCGGUGGAAAGAACAGCUCCUCCAGGCCCAUUACAAGACAGCGCUCAGGGCCAUCGAGAGCUACCAACUCGCGAGAGCAUCAACAACAUUACCAAAGAGGCACUGCUUCAUUCCCUGUCUCUCAAAAGAAGGGCCAGUGCGCCUGAACUUGGGACUCAACUGACACCACAGGAACACCAGCAGUUGAUGUCGGAGACUCCAAAAAUUUCAAAUCUUGUAAAGAAAAGUUCUCCAAAAGCUGAAAAUGCAGAUCAUCCUGUCACUUCCCCAGGGCGCUCCCGCCAGCUUAAUGAAGCGUAUCGACCAAGGCGAAGGCACCCACGUGACUUCUCGUGCCAUCACUGUGGCAUUUACUUCGGUCACAAGAAACUGCUUAAGAUUCAUCUAGACUGCUAUCAUGGUUCAUCGCAGGAGCUCCAGUGUCUUCGUUGCGAAAAGAAUUUUUCCAGUCGCUCAGAGUUUCUGGAACACUUGAUGUCUCACGAAGGAGGAGACGAAUUGUUGGCGAUACAGAGAAAACGUCUUAAGUUAACCGCCCGUAACAGCGUGCCGCUUACCUCUUACGAGGGUGAGACUGUUAUUCGACGUGAGCUGAAUGUAACUGUAGUUGCGCAGGACACUACUUCGACUAAGGAAACAACCCGAAGGGUUAACCCCAAUGGAAGGAAUAUCCGAGAAGAAUUUCUCCAUUCCCUCCCGGAAGAAUUAACUCAGGGGGUCGCGAAGUUACAUCGUGAAACCUCCCAUCAGCAAGACCAGCUAAACAACGACUUGAAACAUCAACGCGGUAUAAACAAUGCUAACCCCAGUGGCGAGAGAGGCGAGGAACCCGAUGGUGCAAAUUUCUGCUUCGUGUGUGGCCAGUCGUUUAGUAAUGGCAAGAAACUCGAGCAUCAUAUCUCCUCGCACGCCGUGGUUGACAAAGAAGGCCGCUACUGCUGCUCCUUGUGCAGCAAAACGUUUGAUCAUCACCGCAAACUAGAAAUCCACACUCGGAGCCAUACGGGUUUUAAGCCUCACAAAUGCGAGCUUUGUGGUCGGUGUUUUCCUUAUUACAGCUCGUAUUACUACCACAAGAUGACCCACACUGAGGACCGACCGCACAAGUGUGGAGUAUGUGGCAAGGGAUUCAUUCAGACGAGAUAUCUGCGCUCUCACAUGAAGACGCACAAAGAUCAAAAUGGAUGGGCAAGUGACGAGGAGCCAAACGAAGAAAAACCCGAGCAAAUGGAGACGAGCGAAAAAGUUGAGACAACGACAUCUCCGUUGAACGAGAUUGAAACGAAGAUUGACACCCAACCUGUCGAUCAACCAAGUGUUGCACCCGAUAGGGAUUUAGAGGAGCACGAUACAGCGAGAAUUUUGUGUAGUUUUAAGCAAAGUAGUAGAGUUGGAUCAAGAGAGCAAAGUUCACCGAAACAAUCCGAGACUGAAAAAGAGAUGCGUAGCGAAACAAGGCCAAACGAGUCCUCAGAAGUUGGAGGAUCUCCGAGUAUAGAUCGAUCACUUGAACUCGAUAGUAUACCUAACACUAACGGAACACCAGAAGAAAACAAUUUUCCGCAAAACACAGAUAAUAAUUUCGUUAAAGACAAUGACACUGCGACAGAGGUCAAGAAAGAAACGACCCCAGACUCAUCUGAAGAAUCUGCCCCAAAGACUAAAAGAAAGAAAUAUCUCUGUAAACACUGUCACAAAAACUUUAGCUCGUACAGCAGCCUUCACGUUCACGUCCGCAUACACACUGGUCAGCGGCCUUACUCCUGUAGUCACUGCUUCAAAAAGUUCACGCAUUCCAGCGGUUUAAAGCGUCACGUGAGAUGUCACACCGGUGAGAAGCCGUAUCCAUGUCCAGCAUGCCCCUCGGCCUUUGCUGACCGCGGUGCUUUGAAGUCGCACAUCAGAACACAUACAGGAGAGAGACCAUUCGUGUGCGAUUUGUGCAACAAGACUUUCACACAACCCAGUUCUCUUCGUGUUCAUAAAAAGACGGUGCAUGCUCACGAGUUUUUUGACUGAAAAGACUGCUAAAUGAACAACUUUUUCUAUUUCUUAGAUUUUCUUAAUGUUUAGAACUUUAAGAAUUAAGAACCUCAUUUCAACUUUCUAUUUUCUUGUGUGUCGUGUAAUUCUGACGAGCAGUGAAAGUUAAGUUUUGUUUCUUGAUGCUGUGAAACGUGGUUUUGAGGUACAAAAAAGAUUUUGGAUACAUAAAAAGAAACAUUUAAUCUUGACAGAAUGGUGUACUCGAUUAGUUUUUGGAGAUUAGUUUGUCUCGCCUGUUUCAAGGAGUUAAGACUACGAGCAGGUCAUCCUUUUCGGCGAAGUCCGUCGCACAAGUAAAAGAAAAUCAGUGAUAAAAAAAAUUAAUGUUAGCGCUCCGCACGGAAUUCUAGGGGAGACCUUUUUUAUGUGUCUCACUUUUUUCAACGAAUUUUUAUGGCUCAUGCAAUGAGUUUCGCCGAAAAGGAGGAAUUGCUCGCAGUCUACAAAGGACUUAAAACAACGAGGCGGUAUAAUUUUCACAAAUUAUGAUUUUGGUGAAUAGGCGUUGAACACUGUGUUGUCAAGUCUCCAAGAUUGAAAUAACACUUUUAGUUUUA